AUGGCGCCGUCCUCCUCCUGCCACGCCGCCGCUACCCUCGUGCUCGCCGCUGCCAUUAUAGCGUGCCAUUUCAGUGUCCUCGUCGUAGCCACCGACGUCAAGCGCCAUUGCCACGGUGAUCACGAGUCGCGCUCCGUGCAGCUCCUCCGCGCGGCGGGCGCGGGCGCCGUGAAGAUCUACGACGCCAACGCGGACAUCCUGCGGGCGCUGGCCGGGACGGGGAUACCGGUGUCGAUCAUGGUGCCGAACUCGGCCAUCCCGUCGCUGGCCUCCUCCCGCGCCGCCGCGGAGGACUGGGUGGCCACCAACCUCGCGCCGCACACCCCGGCGACGCGGGUGGCGCACCUGCUCGUCGGCAACGAGGUGCUCUCGAACCGCGCCAUCGCGGGGUCCACGUGGCGCGCCGUCGUGCCGGCGAUGGCCAACCUCCACCGCGCCCUCCGCCGCGCGCCCGGGCGCGGGCUCCGCACGGUCAAGCUCGGGACGACGCUCUCCAUGGACGCGCUGUCGGCGUCGUACCCGCCGUCCGCCGGCGCGUUCCGCGACGACAUCGCCGAGGACGUGAUCCGGCAGCUGCUCCGGUUCCUGAACGCCACCCGCUCCUACUACUUCGUCGACGCGUACCCGUACUUCGCGUGGGCGGGCAACCGCGAGGCCAUCUCCCUCGACUACGCGCUGUUCCAGGGCGCGGCGAGCUCGCGCUACGUGGACGCGGGCAACGGGCUCACGUACACCAACCUGCUCGACCAGAUGCUCGACGCGGUCGUCGCCGCCAUGGGCAGGCUUGGGUACGGGGACGUGAAGCUGGCCGUCUCGGAGACCGGGUGGCCGAGCGGCGGCGACGCGGGCGAGACCGGCGCCAACGUGCGCAACGCCGCCACGUACAACCGGAACCUGGCCGCGCGGAUGUCCAAGAACCCCGGCACGCCGGCGCGCCUGGGGCCAAGGGUGUACGACGUGGACCUCACCGGCCGGCGGUCGUCGUACCCGCCGCUGCCGCCCGCGGACAACACGGACAGCGCGGCGGCGUGGUGCGUGCUCGGCAAGGCUGUGAACGAGACGGCGGUGGCGGCCGCGGUAGCGUACGCGUGCCAGCAGGGGAGCGGGACGUGCGCCGCCAUCCAGCCCGGCGGCGCGUGCCACGAGCCGGACACGUUGGACGCGCACGCGAGCUACGCGUUCAACGCAUACUGGCAGCAGUUCAGGAGUGCCGGCGGCACCUGCUUCUUCAAUGGGCUCGCGAAGACCACCACCAAGGAUCCAAGCCAUGGAUCAUGCAAGUUCGCCAGCUCUCUCGACUAG